UAUGAGUUACAAAACAUUAAAAGUCCUGUAACAUAAGGUGGUGCUAUUUCUACAGGGUACGAAGGAAUAAGAGGACAGGCUGAUAACCAAAUUUACCGGGAUAUAAUUAGCGAAAUAUGUCAACUAAUGGAUCCAACUUCGACCACAACUCCGAUGCAUAACGACAUUGAGACAGAGUCCGGUUCAGUGUGGAACUGGUGGCCUUCUUGGCGUCCAACCUCCAUGUCCCUCCUUAAAACUACAGAGUCCAAAAUCCUUGCUUGCAUUCAGAAUGACGUAUGGUCCAGGUUUGUGACAUUACCAAACCAAGAUAGAAUAUGGACCCUGACCUUGACCAACAAGGCGGUCCGCAAACCUGCCGAGCAAGCCCAUAAGACUCCCCUGGUGAUGGUCCACGGCUUCGGUGGAGGGGUAGGUCUGUGGAUUAGAAACCUGGAUGCACUCAGCCGGUCACGGCCUGUUUACGCCUUCGACCUCCUGGGCUUUGGCAGGAGCUCCAGACCCCCUUUUCCCUCAGAUGCUGCCAAGGCUGAGGAGCAGUUUGUGAACUCUAUUGAACAGUGGAGACAGUCCGUAGGCCUUGAGAACAUGAUUCUGUUGGGACACAGUCUUGGGGGGUACUUGGCUACCUCUUAUGCCAUCCAGUAUCCAUCAAGGGUCUCACACCUCAUCCUCGUAGACCCCUGGGGAUUCCCCGAGAGACCCCAGGUUCAGAACCAGUCCGGUCAAGAUCAGGGUCAGGGUCAGGAGGUGGUAAAGCGGCAGGGUCCACCACGUUGGGUCAAAGCCAUCGCAGCAGUUGUUUCCCUCUUCAAUCCACUGGCUGUUAUUAGAGCAGCAGGACCAUGGGGUCCAGGCCUGGUCAACAGAUUCCGUCCUGAUUUCAAAAGGAAAUUUGAAGACCUGUUCGAUGACGAUACUAUGACGCAGUACAUCUACCACUGUAACGCACAAAGCCCAAGUGGGGAGGUGGGCUUCCGGGCCAUGUCAGAGUCUCUGGGCUGGGCCAAGAGGCCGAUGCUGCAGCGGGUUCAUCUGUUGCCCCCCUCCAUGCCCCUCACCAUGCUGUAUGGAGCACAGUCCUGGGUGGACAGCUCGUCCGGGGAAAAAGUUGUCCAGAUCAGGGACGAGACUCAGACCAGAGUGAUGCUGAUAAACGAAGCCUCUCAUCACGUAUAUGCUGAUCAACCACACGCGUUCAACAGAGUGGUAGAAAGUAUAUGUGACUCUGUCGACUGAAUGUGUGAGUGCGCGUACGUGUGUGUGUGUGUGUGUGUGUGUGUGUGACAAAAGACUAAGAUUAUAUAUAUAUAUAUAUAUGGUUCAUUGUGGUUUUAGCGCUGUAUCUGUUGCAUGUUGAAGCAUGCCGGAUGGGUUUGCGUCAGGACAUUUUAUUUAAACAAGUAGCUUUUUGAAUGUAAAUUUGCUCUGAAUACUGUUCGCACAACACACGCUAUUAAAGUAAUACUCUUUUUUUCCAUGUCGCCUUCUGACGAUUUUUCAAUUUAAUAUCAUUUCUAGAUCAUCUUAACACAUAAUUGAUUUCAUUUAUGGGUUAGUAUGUCAAUCAUCUGAACCAUUUCCAUCAGUUCUAAAUCUUAUUUUAUCAUAUUUGACCUUAUUACUUAAUAGUAAUAAGACGCACUGAUUUUUGUACAUCACAUGUUCAUGCUUUCAUCCUGUGCCUGACAUGACCAUGAAUGGAAGUACUGUAUUUAAAUGUGUCUUUAACCCCUUCUUUUUUGCCUAUACACGUAUAUUGCGGGACUACAUUAGAGAGCUGUUUGUAUUUUAUACCUUGAGUUAAAUAAAAGCCAAUUUCACAGUG